AUGGCCUCUCUCAAGGGCCCUGGCGCUGCACAGAAGCACGAUGGCUCCGGUCUUCGCAUCGCUAUUGUCCACGCUCGUUGGAACACCACUUUGAUCGAUGCCUUGGUCAGCGGUGCGAAGAAAAGUCUACUUGCCUCAGGAGUGAAAGAGGAGAACAUCGUCCUCGAGUCGGUUCCCGGGUCCUACGAACUCCCUUUGGCAGUGCAAAGAGUCUAUGCCGCCUCUCAAAUACAAAGCGCUACGAGCACCGUUGCUGGCGGAGUUGGUAGUCUGGCCAGUGGCAUUGGAGAUCUGCUUGGUGGAAGCAACUCCACGACAGAUCUGCAGGGCAGCCUACAACCAGCAGCUCCAACAGAGGAGCCUAAAGGUUCAAGACACGCAUUCGAUGCAAUUAUCGCAGUCGGGGUCCUGAUCAAAGGGGAGAGCAUGCAUUUUGAAUAUAUUGCUGAUGCGGUUAGCCACGGUCUGAUGAAGGUACAAUUGGACACUGGUGUACCAGUCAUAUUCGGCCUUUUGACUAUUUUGAACGAGGGCCAGGGUCUGGCAAGAGCCGGUCUCGAAGGGGGUACAGGGAAGGAAGCCAAAGGUCACAACCAUGGUGAAGACUGGGGCUAUGCUGCCGUUGAGCUUGGUGUGAAGCGGAAAGCUUGGUCAGAAGGCAAGGUGGCAGGGUCUUGA